AUGUUUACAUCAUCAUUCAGAACAAUUAACCCAGCAUUGUUACAAAAAAUCAUUGCUGGUGGUGUUGGUGUCACCGGUUUAACCGCAUCUUAUUUAUUAUAUAAAGAUUCUAUGACUGCCAAUGCCAUGACUGCUGCUGAACACGGUUUACAUCCUCCUGCUUACGGCUGGUCCCAUAAUGGUAUGUUUGACAGUUUCGACCAUGCUUCUAUCAGAAGAGGUUUCCAAGUUUAUAGAGAAGUCUGUGCUGCUUGUCAUUCCUUAGAUAGAAUUGCUUGGAGAAACUUAGUUGGUGUCUCCCACUCUACCACAGAAGCCAAGACUAUGGCCGAAGAAUUCGAAUACGAUGACGAACCAGAUGAUGAAGGUAAGCCAAGAAAGAGACCAGGUAAAUUAGCUGAUUACAUUCCAGGUCCAUAUGACAAUGAACAAGCCGCCAGAGCUGCCAAUCAAGGUGCUUUCCCACCAGAUUUAUCUUUGAUUGUCAAGGCCAGACAUGGUGGUUGUGACUACAUCUUCUCCUUAUUAACUGGUUACCCAGAAGAACCACCAGCCGGUGUUGUCUUACCAGUCGGUACCAACUAUAACCCUUACUUCCCAGGUGGUGCCAUUGCUAUGGGUAGAGUCUUGUUUGAUGACUUGGUCGAAUACGAAGAUGGUACUCCAGCUACUACUUCUCAAAUGGCAAAGGAUGUUACUACUUUCUUGAAUUGGGCUUCCGAACCAGAACAUGAUGAAAGAAAGAAAUGGGGUUUGAAGGCUCUUAUUGUGCUUUCUUCCUUAUACUUACUUUCUGUCUGGGUUAAGAGAUUCAAAUGGUCUCCAAUCAAGAACAGAAAGUUCAGAUUCGACCCACCAAAGAAAUAA